GGGGCACAGUAGGGCAUUCAAGCGGACAUUUGGCCAAAAAGUCGAAAAUUCGUAUAUUCAACAUGUGGAAGUUGAUCGUCAAGUGUGUGUUCUUGAUGUAUUAGAUACUGCCGGUCAAGAAAAAUUUUCUGCUCUUGGUCAACAAUAUAUGCGUAAAGGCCAUGGCUUUCUUCUCGUUUAUUCUGCUAUUGAUGCAAAUAGUUGUAAAAAUAUAAGAAGUUUUUAUAAUGAGAUUUUAAGAGUCAAAAAUCGGAAAAGUUAUCCGAUGAUCCUUGUUGCAAAUAAAGUGGAUCUUGUGCAUUUAAGAAAAGUAUCCGAAGAAGAAGGAAGAGAAUUAGCAGCCGAAUUAAAUAUUGCAUAUAUAGAAACAAGUGCUAAAGAUCCUCCAAUGAAUGUUGAUUCUGCAUUUCAAGAACUCGUUCGUAUUAUUCGCAUUGGAAAGAAUAAAAAGUCAUCAUCACCGUCAGUGCAUCAUCCUCGUAGGCAACUGGUUGACGGCCUAUCAUCACCGCCAGUGCCUCAUCCUCGUAGGCAACUAAAUGAAGAUGGUACUCCUUCAAGCCAAUGUGGCAAUACAAAUCAUACACCACGUGGCAAUGAUGAUAAUACACUUCUUGCUGAUCAAAAUGAUAAAUAA